AUGGACCAAUAUCUCGCCUAUCUACCCCAGUCGGAGGGCAUGCUGCCCAAAUGGCUUUUCUUCGUUUCGGUCGUCUCUGCCCUUAACAGUCUGCAAGCCUACGUUUCACCAAAAUAUACUUCCCAACUCUACAGUAAUGGCAAGGUCCCCGCAAGCCCGCUCUCCGGCCGCGUCUUCGGAACCUGGACUUUCCUCUCCGCAGUCAUUCGCAUGACCGCCGCUUACAAUAUCACAAACUCUGUCGCUUACGACCUUGGCAUGUGGACGUACGGAAUUGCCCUGACACAUUUUGUUGGCGAACUCAUCUGCGGUGAUGCCGAGCUCGGAGGCCGGUUCUUGAGUCCUUUGAUUGUUGCGUCGUCUUCGCUAGCUUGGAUGUUCACCCAGCGUGCGGUGUACCUGGGCUGA